AUGGCGGCGGUACCCUCACUCACCUCGUGGGGGUCGUGGCAGCGGUACCCUCACUCACCUCAUGGGGGUCGUGGCGGCGGUACCCUCACUCACCUCGUGGGGGUCGUGGCAGCGGUACCCUCACUCACCUCGUGGGGGUCGUGGCAGCGGUACCCUCACUCACCUCGUGGGGGUCGUGGCAGCGGUACCCUCACUCACCUCGUGGGGGUCGUGGCAGCGGUACCCUCACUCACCUCGUGGGGGCCGUGGCGGCGACGGUACCCUCACUCACCUCGUGGGGGUCGUGGCGGCGGUACCCUCACUCACCUCGUGGGGGUCGUGGCAGCGGUAGCCUCACUCACCUCGUGGGGGUCGUGGCAGCGGUACCCUCACUCACCUUGUGGGGGUCGUGACAACGGUAGCCUCACUCACCUCGUGGAGGUCGUGGCGGCGGCGGUACCCUCACUCACCUCGUGGGGGUUGUGGCAGCGGUACCCUCACUCACCUCGUGGGGGUCGUGGCAGCGGUACCCUCACUCACCUCGUGGGGGUCGUGGCAGCGGUACCCUCACUCACCUCGUGGGGGUCUUGGCAGCGGUACCCUCACUCACCUCGUGGGGGUCGUGGCAGCGGUACCCUCACUCACCUCGUGGGGGUCGUGGCAGCGGUACCCUCACUCACCUCGUGGGGGUCGUGGCGGCGGUACCCUCACUCACCUCGUGGGGGUCGUGGCAGCGGUACCCUCACUCACCUCGUGGGGGUCGUGGCAGCGGUACCCUCACUCACCUCGUGGGGGUCGUGGCAGCGGUACCCUCACUCACCUCGUGGGGGUCGUGGCAGCGGUACCCUCACUCACCUCGUGGGGGUCGUGGCAGCGGUACCCUCACUCACCUCGUGGGGGUCGUGGCAGCGGUACCCUCACUCACCUCGUGGGGGUCGUGGCAGCGGUACCCUCAUUCACCUCGUGGGGGUCGUGGCGGCGGUACCCUCACUCACCUCGCGAGGGUCGUGGCAGCGGUACCCUCACUCACCUCGUGGGGGUCGUGGCAGCGGUACCCUCACUCACCUCGUGGGGGUCGUGGCAGCGGUACCCUCACUCACCUCGUGGGGGUCAAGGCAGCGGUACCCUCACUCACCUCGUGGGGGUCGUGGCAGCGGUACCCUCACUCACCUCGUGGGGGUCGUGGCAGCGGUACCCUCACUCACCUCGUGGGGGCCGUGGUGGCGACGGUACCCUCACUCACCUCGUGGGGGUCGUGGCGGCGGUACCCUCACUCACCUCGUGGGGGUCGUGGCAGCGGUACCCUCAUUCACCUCGUGGGGGUUGUGGCAGCGGUACCCUCACUCACCUCGUGGGGGUCGUGGCAGCGGUACCCUCACUCACCUAGUGGGGGUCGUGGCAGCGGUACCCUCACUCACCUCGUGGGGGUCAAGGCGGCGGUACCCUCACUCACCUCGUGGGGGUCGUGGCAGCGGUACCCUCACUCACCUCGUGGGGGUCGUGGCAGCGGUACCCUCACUCACCUCAUGGGGGUCGUGGCAGCGGUACCCUCACUCACCUCGUGGGGGUCGUGGCAGAGGCACCCUCACUCACCUCGUGGGGGUCGUGGCGGCGGCGGUACCCUCACUCACCUCGUGGGGGUCGUGGCAGCGGUACCCUCACUCACCUCGUGGGGGUCGUGGCAGCGGUACCCUCACUCAGCUCAUGGGGGUCGUGGCAGCGGUACCCUCACUCACCUCGUGGGGGUCGUGGCAGCGGUACCCUCACUCACCUCAUGGGGGUCGUGGCGGCGGUACCCUCACUCACCUCGUGGGGGUCGUGGCGGCGGUACCCUCACUCACCUCGUGGGGGCCGUGGCGGCGACGGUACCCUCACUCACCUCGUGGGGGUCGUGGCGGCGGUACCCUCACUCACCUCGUGGGGGUCGUGGCAGCGGUAUCCUCACUCACCUCGUGGGGGUCGUGGCAGCGGUACCCUCACUCACCUCGUGGGGGUCUUGGUGGCGGUACCCUCACUCACCUCGUGGGGUUCGUGGCAGCGGUACCCUCACUCACCUCGUGGGGGUCGUGGCAGCGGUACCCUCACUCACCUCAUGGGGGUCGUGGCGGCGGUACCCUCACUCACCUCGUGGGGGUCGUGGCGGCGGUACCCUCACUCACCUUGUGCGGGUCGUGGCAGCGGUACCCUCACUCACCUCGUGGGGGUCGUGGGAGUGGCACCCUCACUCACCUCGUGGGGGUCGUGGCGGCGGCGGUACCCUCUCUCACCUCGUGGGGGUCGUGGCAGCGGUACCCUCACUCACCUCGUGGGGGUCGUGGCAGCGGUACCCUCACUCACCUCGUGGGGGUCGUGGCAGCGGUACCCUCACUCACCUCGUGGGGGUCGUGGCAGCGGUACCCUCACUCACCUCGUGGGGGUCGUGGCAGCGGUACCCUCACUCACCUCUUGGGGGUCAAGGCAGCGGUACCCUCACUCACCUCGUGGGGGUCGUGGCAGCGGUACCCUCACUCACCUCGUGGGGGUCGUGGCAGCGGUACCCUCACUCACCUCGUGGGGGCCAUGGCGGCGACGCGGUACCCUCACUCACCUCGUGGGGGUCGUGACGGUGGUACCCUCACUCACCUCGUGGGGGUCGUGGCAGCGGUACCCUCAUUCACCUCGUGGGGGUCGUGGCAGCGGUACCCUCACUCAACUCGUGGGGGUCGUGGCAGCGGUACCCUCACUCACCUCGUGGGGGUCGUGGCGUCGGCGGUACCCUCACUCACCUCCUGGGGGUCGUGGCAGCGGUACCCUCACUCACCUCGUGGGGGCCGUGGCGGCGACGGUACCCUCACUCACCUCGUGGGGGUCGUGGCAGCGGUACCCUCACUCACCUCUUGGGGGUCGUGGCAGCGGUACCCUCACUCACCUCGUGGGGGUCGUGGCAGCGGUACCCUCACUCACCUCUUGGGGGUCGUGGCAGCGGUACCCUCACUCACCUCUUGGGGGUCGUGGCAGCGGUACCCUCACUCACCUCGUGGGGGCCGUGGCGGCGACGGUACCCUCACUCACCUCGUGGGGGUCGUGGCAGCGGUACCCUCACUCACCUCGUGGGGGUCGUGGCAGCGGUACCCUCACUCACCUCGUGGGGGUCGUGGCAGCGGUACCCUCACUCACCUCGUGGGGGUCGUGGCAGCGGUACCCUCACUCACCUCGUGGGGGUCGUGGCAGCGGUACCCUCACUCACCUCGUGGGGGUCGUGGCAACGGUACCCUCACUCACCUCGUGGGGGUCGUGGCAGCGGUACCCUCACUCACCUCGUGGGGGUCGUGGCAGCGGUACCCUCACUCACCUCUUGGGGGUCGUGGCAGCGGUACCCUCACUCACCUCGUGGGGGCCAUGGCGGUGAUGGUACCCUCACUCACCUCGUGGGGGUCGUCGCGGCGGUACCCUCACUCACCUCGUGGGGGUCGUGGCAGCAGUAUCCUCACUCACCUCGUGGGGGUCGUGGCAGCGGUACCCUCACUCACCUCGUGGGGGUCGUGGCGGCGGUACCCUCACUCACCUCGUGGGGGUCGUGGCAGCGGUACCCUCACUCACCUCGUGGGGGUCGUGGCAGCGGUACCCUCACUCACCUCGUGGGGGUCGUGGCGGCGGUACCCUCACUCACCUCGUGGGGGUCGUGGCAGCGGUACCCUCACUCACCUCGUGGGGGUCGUGGCAGCGGCACCCACCCUCACUCACCUCGUGGGGGUCGUGGCAGCGGUACCCUCACUCACCUCGUGGGGGUCGUGGCAGCGGUACCCUCACUCACCUCGUGGGGGUUGUGGCAGCGGUACCCUCACUCACCUCGUGGAGGUCGUGGCAGCGGUACCUUCACUCACCUCGUGGGGGUCGUGGCAGCGGUACCCUCACUCACCUCGUGGGGGUCGUGGCAGCGGUACCCUCACUCACCUCGUGGGGGUCGUGGCAGCGGUACCCUCAUUCACCUCGUGGGGGUCGUGGCGGCGGUACCCUCACUCACCUCGUGGGGGUCGUGGCAGCGGUACCCUCACUCACCUCGUGGGGGUCGUGGCAGCGGUACCCUCACUCACCUUGUGGGGGUCGUGGCAGCGGUACCCUCACUCACCUCGUGGGGGUCAAGGCAGCGGUACCCUCACUCACCUCGUGGGGGUCGUGGCAGCGGUACCCUCACUCACCUCGUGGGGGUCGUGGCAGCGGUACCCUCACUCACCUCGUGGGGGCCGUGGCGGCGACGGUACCCUCACUCACCUCGUGGGGGUCGUGGCGGCGGUACCCUCACUCACCUCGUGGGGGUCGUGGCAGCGAGGCACCCUCACUCACCUCGUGGGGGUCGUGGCGGCGGCGGUACCCUCACUCACCUCGUGGGGGUCGUGGCAGCGGUACCCUCACUCACCUCGUGGGGGUCGUGGCAGCGGUACCCUCACUCAGCUCGUGGGGGUCGUGGCAGCGGUACCCUCACUCACCUCGUGGGGGUCGUGGCAGCGGUACCCUCACUCACCUCAUGGGGGUCGUGGCGGCGGUACCCUCACUCACCUCGUGGGGGUCGUGGCGGCGGUACCCUCACUCACCUUGUGGGGGCCGUGGCGGCGACGGUACCCUCACUCACCUCGUGGGGGUCGUGGCGGCGGUACCCUCACUCACCUCGUGGGGGUCGUGGCAGCGGUAUCCUCACUCACCUCGUGGGGGUCGUGGCAGCGGUACCCUCACUCACCUCGUGGGGGUCGUGGCGGCGGUACCCUCACUCACCUCGUGGGGGUCGUGGCAGCGGUACCCUCACUCACCUCGUGGGGGUCGUGGCAGCGGUACCCUCACUCACCUCAUGGGGGUCGUGGCGGCGGUACCCUCACUCACCUCGUGGGGGUCGUGGCGGCGGUACCCUCACUCACCUCGUGCGGGUCGUGGCAGCGGUACCCUCACUCACCUCGUGGGGGUCGUGGGAGUGGCACCCUCACUCACCUCGUGGGGGUCGUGGCGGCGGCGGUACCCUCUCUCACCUCGUGGGGGUCGUGGCAGCGGUACCCUCACUCACCUCGUGGGGGUCGUGGCAGCGGUACCCUCACUCACCUCGUGGGGGUCGUGGCAGCGGUACCCUCACUCACCUCGUGGGGGUCGUGGCAGCGGUACCCUCACUCACCUCGUGGGGGUCGUGGCAGCGGUACCCUCACUCACCUCGUGGGGGUCGUGGCAGCGGUACCCUCACUCACCUCGUGGAGGUCGUGGCAGCGGUACCCUCACUCACCUCGUGGGGGUUGUGGCAGCGGUACCCUCACUCACCUCGUGGAGGUCGUGGCAGCGGUACCCUCACUCACCUCUUGGGGGUCGUGGCAGUGGUACCCUCACUCACCUCUUGGGGGUCGUGGCAGCGGUACCCUCACUCACCUCGUGGGGGUUGUGGCAGCGGUACCCUCACUCACCUCGUGGAGGUCGUGGCAGCGGUACCCUCACUCACCUCUUGGGGGUCGUGGCAGCGGUACCCUCACUCACCUCGUGGGGGUCGUGGCAGCGGUACCCUCACUCACCUCGUGGGGGUCGUGGCAGCGGUACCCUCACUCACCUCGUGGGGGUCGUGGCAGCGGUACCCUCACUCACCUCGUGGGGGUUGUGGCAGCGGUACCCUCACUCACCUCGUGGGGGUCGUGGCAGCGGUACCCUCACUCACCUCGUGGGGGUCGUGGCAGCGGUACCCUCACUCACCUCGUGGGGGUCGUGGCAGCAGUACCCUCACUCACCUCGUGGGGGUCGUGGCAGCGGUACCCUCACUCACCUCGUGGGGGUCGUGGCAGCGGUACCCUCACUCACCUCGUGGGGGUUGUGGCAGCGGUAUCCUCACUCAUCUCGUGGGGGUCGUGGCAUCGGUACCCUCACUCACCUCGUGGGGGUCGUGGCAGCGGUACCCUCACUCACCUCAUGGGGGUCGUGGCAGCGGCACCCUCACUCACCUCGUGGGGGUCGUGGCAGCGGUACCCUCACUCACCUCGUGGGGGUUGUGGCGGCGGCACCCUCACUCACCUCGUGGGGGUCGUGGCAGCGAUACCCUCACUCACCUCGUGGGGGUUGUGGCAGCGGUACCCUCACUCACCUCGUGGGGGUCGUGGCGGCGGUACCGUCACUCACCUCGUGGGGGUCGUGGCCGCGGCACCCUCACUCAGCUCGUGGGGGUCGUGGCAGCGGUACCCUCACUCACCUCGUGGGGGUCGUGGCGGCGGUACCCUCACUCACCUUGUGGGGGUCGUGGCAGCGGUAGCCUCACUCACCUCGUGGGGGUCGUGGCAGCGGUACCCUCACUCACCUUGUUGA